CUGACCAAUGUGGGAUAAAUGAAUUCUAACACUGUGCUUCCCAACUUGCCUUGCCUUAUAAGCACUCUCUUCCCCAUUCUCAAACUUUCUUUUCUUUCUCCUUCUCUCCUUUCCUCUCUUUGCUCCCAACUUCAUUCAGACAAUAUAUAACUGAAUAUAUGUCCAAAGGAAGGGAGAUCACAACCUUCGAUGAGAUAGGAAAGAAGAUCAGGAGAGAAAGUGAUGCAUCUGUUGUUGAUCAAAUGGGAAUCAUGAGCACUACUCGAAUUUCGUCGUCAUCGUCAUCGUCGUUUGGUGUUCCUCAUCAAGGGAUGACGAUGAUGAGUACAACAACUUUGAACACAAUCACACCUUGUGCUGCGUGUAAGCUCUUGAGAAGAAGAUGUGCUGAAGAGUGCCCUUUCUCUCCCUACUUCUCUCCACAUGAACCCCAGAAAUUUUCAGCUGUUCACAAAGUCUUUGGUGCAAGCAAUGUUUCCAAGAUGCUACUGGAAGUGGCUGAGAAUCAAAGAGCUGAUGCAGCCAAUAGUCUAGUUUAUGAAGCAAAUCUGAGGCUGAGAGACCCAGUGUAUGGGUGCAUGGGUGUAAUUUCAGCCUUGCAGCAACAAAUUCAAUCUCUACAAGCUGAACUCAAUGCAGUAAGGACUCAGAUAUUGAGAUACAAAUUCAAAGAGGCCACUAGUCCCAGUAUCGUUUCUCCUAGGGGUAUUAUUCACCAUGCUGCUUUGGUUUCUAAUUCUGGGAUGGUGUCCAUUGCUGCGCAACCACAAGCGAUUUCUCCACCACCGCCACCGCCACUACCACCAGCAUCAGCUCCGUCUUCAGUUGUUUUUUCUUCAUCGUCUUCCUCUUCAGCUUCUUCUUUAUACAAUCCGUCCACAAACACGACAGGCUAUAGCUCCAUCUCAAGCAAAAAUGUUCCGUAUUUUGAUUAAAAUGAUAUAUAGUGUUUUAUUAGACCCUUUUUCUUUGUUUGAUUUCUAUUGCUUAUCAUGUUUGAUAGAUCAACAGAAUUAGUUUUAUCUAUAUGUAUGGGGGUUGAUAUA